CAUUUGACCACACCUUCCUUUUUUAAACCACAGGGCGGGUACCUCAGCCACACACAUACACAAAUUUCACAAACUUCGAAAAAACACGACACACUCUCAUACACACACGUUGUCGCACACACAUUCCUUCUUUUCGCAGCAACAAGCAUCCUCACCUUAAACGACAAUGGCCGAUGCCGAGGAUAUUCAACCUCUCGUUUGCGAUAAUGGAACCGGAAUGGUCAAGGCUGGUUUUGCCGGAGAUGAUGCUCCGAGGGCGGUGUUCCCUAGCAUUGUGGGGCGUCCACGUCACACUGGGGUGAUGGUUGGGAUGGGACAGAAGGAUGCGUAUGUUGGGGACGAGGCUCAAUCGAAGAGGGGUAUUUUGACUCUGAAAUACCCUAUUGAGCAUGGGAUUGUGAGUAAUUGGGACGACAUGGAGAAGAUCUGGCAUCACACUUUCUACAAUGAGCUUCGUGUGGCUCCUGAAGAACACCCUGUGCUUCUUACCGAGGCACCGCUUAAUCCUAAGGCUAAUCGUGAGAAAAUGACUCAGAUCAUGUUUGAGACCUUCAACACUCCUGCUAUGUAUGUCGCCAUCCAAGCUGUGCUUUCCCUUUAUGCUAGUGGCCGUACAACUGGUAUUGUUCUGGACUCCGGAGAUGGUGUCAGUCACACGGUUCCUAUUUACGAAGGCUAUGCCCUUCCGCAUGCAAUCUUGCGUUUGGACCUUGCAGGGCGUGAUCUCACUGAUGCCCUUAUGAAAAUCCUGACUGAGCGUGGUUACUCUUUCACCACAUCUGCAGAGCGGGAAAUUGUGAGGGACAUGAAGGAGAAACUGGCCUAUAUUGCUCUUGAUUACGAGCAGGAAUUGGAAACUGCCAAGACUAGCUCAGCCGUUGAAAAGAGCUAUGAGCUUCCUGAUGGGCAGGUGAUCACUAUUGGUGCUGAGCGAUUCCGGUGCCCUGAAGUUCUAUUCCAGCCAUCCAUGAUUGGGAUGGAAUCUCCUGGCAUCCACGAGACAACAUAUAACUCUAUCAUGAAGUGUGAUGUCGACAUUAGGAAGGAUCUAUAUGGUAACAUUGUCUUGAGUGGUGGUUCCACAAUGUUCCCAGGCAUUGCUGAUAGGAUGAGCAAGGAGAUUACAGCAUUGGCACCAAGUAGCAUGAAAAUUAAGGUUGUCGCACCACCAGAGAGGAAAUACAGUGUCUGGAUUGGAGGCUCCAUCUUGGCUUCCCUCAGCACCUUCCAACAGGUAAACUGCAUGCAUGACCAUAAUUGCACGGGUGAAGCUGUUGAAUUUGGAAUGUCAAUACAGCAAAUAACUUGGGAAAUUGUAUUUAAAUAAUAAGUAGGAAGUUUAAUAAAAUAAGUAUUAUCAGAAAAUGGGAGGAAAUAUCAAACAUGAUACUUAGCUAGAUCAAGGGGAUAAGAUUAGUUUAAAGUACAUUCUUUUUCGUUGUGCUUGUGUUGUUUGGAAACAGAGUAAGUACCUUCUGAAGCCAACUCAAACCAUUGAAACAAGCAAAUUUAGUCUACUCCUUUUUUAUGUUUUCUCUCCCAUGUGCAGAUGUGGAUUGCGAAGGCUGAGUAUGAUGAAUCUGGACCAUCAAUCGUACACAGGAAAUGCUUCUAAGUUAUAAUCAUGGAGUAUGAAAGCUGGACCAGGGAAAUUACUAUUUAUACGAAUACUACAAAAAUACCAUCAAGUGGUUGAGGACUUGCAUUUCCUACUCUUUACCAUUCCUUUUAUCAUGUUUUUGUGUUUUCCUUUCUUUGAUAUGUUGAGAUAAGAGCAUGAAGGCUGGCAAGAUAUGUAAGAUUCAAAUUUUUCCCCGUUUUGUUGUAGUAGAAGAGAUGUGCAUUGUUACCGAUUUGGUUUGGUUGAAUCGACAAAUUCUUUUUAUGAAGUAUUCUGAUUAAAGCA